CAUGUGAAAUACACUUGGCCACCCCAAAAAAGAGAAAUAUGCGAGCCGUACUUCAACGAGUCUCGAGCGCAAGUGUCACGGUAAAUGGCGCUAUCGUCUCUUCCAUAAAUCAAGGGAUAUGCGUUCUUCUCGGUAUCGCCAAUGAUGAUACCCAGGAAGAUAUGGAUUACAUGGUGAAAAAGAUUCUUAACGUUCGAGUCUUUGCUGAUGAAGCUGGAGAGAAGUGGUGGCAAAGAAGCGUGAAGGAUGCCGGAUUGGAAGUUUUGUGUGUAUCUCAAUUCACGUUAUACGGUAGUACAACGAAAGGCUACAAACCAGACUUUCAUAAUUCCAUGAAAAGCGAGAGUUCCAAAGAAAUGUAUGCCGCCUUCUUAGAACAAAUGAAACGAGAAUAUGUUGAGGAUCGAAUUAAAGACGGAAUCUUUGGAGCAAUGAUGCAAGUCAAUAUUGUUAAUGAGGGUCCUGUGACCUUGGAGUUAGACUCCCGAAAAUUUGAAUAUGUUGAUAAGAUGGAAGGAAAAAAAACGAAAAGUGAUAAUAAGAAGAAGAAACAGGAUGAGGAGAAGAGAACGUGA